GUGGGGCGUGGGCACUGGGAGCGGGCACAACAAACUGUACCAAAUGAAAAGGGACUUAACGGGAGCCGCUUUCUUGCAUCGAGCAGAAUAUAGUAGAGCGACUGAACAGUUGCUCCCUUCACCCCUACACUUAGUUGCCGCACGACCGCCGACCCCAACUGUCACAGCCUCCCACAGCCCAGAGAAACGUGUCAGGAGGAGUAGAGAGGGGGGAGGAGGAAGAAGGAGACCGGGUAGAGGAGAGAAAAAUGGAUGACAUCUUCACUCAGUGUCGGGAGGGCAAUUCUGUAGCUGUGCGUCUGUGGUUGGACAACACAGAGAAUGACCUUAACCAGGGUGAUGACCAUGGUUUCAGCCCCCUUCACUGGGCGUGUCGGGAGGGGAGGAGUGGGGUGGUGGACAUGCUGAUCAUGAGAGGGGGUCGCAUUAACGUGCUGAACAGAGGCGACGACACACCCCUCCACCUCGCCGCCAGCCAUGGGCACAGGGAAAUUGUGGCUAAGUUGAUCCAGUGCAAAGCAGACACCAACACAGUCAACGAACAUGGCAACACUCCACUCCACUAUGCUUGCUUCUGGGGACAGGACCUGGUGGCAGAGGACCUGGUAGCCAGUGGAGCCCAGGUGCAUGUGUGUAACAGGUUUGGGGAGACCCCCCUGGACAAGGCCAAGGACCACCUCAGACAGAUCCUCAAAGAGAAGGCAGAGAAAGAGGGCCAGAGUCUCACCAGAGUCCCUUACAAGGAAACCUGCUGGAAGGGCACCAUGCGAACACGGCCCCGUAACGGCACUCUGAACAAGCAGGCCGGGCUUGACUUCAAGCAGCUGUCCCUUCUGGCCAAGCUCAACGAGAACCACUCUGGAGAGCUUUGGCAGGGUCGUUGGCAGGGGGACGAGAUCGUUGUUAAGGUUCUACAUGUCCGAGACUGGACCACGAGGAAGAGCCGAGAUUUCAACGAGGAGCACCCCAAACUCAGGAUCUUCUCCCACCCUAACAUCCUCCCUGUCCUGGGGGCCUGCCAGUCUCCCCCCUCCCCCCACGCCAUCAUCAUCACCCCCUACAUGCCCUACGGAUCCCUCUACAACAUACUGCACCAGGGCACCACUUUGGUGGUUGACCAGACUCAGGCAGUGAAGUUUGCGUUGGACAUAGCCAGUGGGAUGGCUUUCCUACACACUCUAGAACCCAUGGUUCCCCGACUGCACCUCAACAGCAAGACCGUCAUGAUUGAUGAGGACAUGACUGCUAGGAUCAGUAUGGCUGAUGCCAAGUUCUCCUUCCAGUGUCCUGGCCGAAUGUAUUCUCCUGCAUGGAUGGCACCUGAAGCCCUCCAGAAGAAGCCCGAGGACAUCAACAGGAGGUCAGCCGACAUGUGGAGCUUCGCCGUGCUCAUCUGGGAGCUGGUCACCAGGGAGGUUCCCUUCGCUGACCUGUCACAGAUGGAGAUAGGGAUGAAGGUGGCUCUGGAGGGUCUACGGCCCACCAUCCCCCCUGGGAUCUCCCCGCACAUCUGCAAGCUGAUGAGGCUCUGCAUGAACGAGGACCCCGCCAAGAGACCCAAGUUCGACAUGAUCGUGCCCAUCCUGGAGAAGAUGCAGGACAAGUGAGGGGCCCGUCCCAAAGCCACCGCCCUCCCUCUCCGCUUCCCAGCGCCUCGCUCCGGCUGCAUGGACGGAUUAAGAAACCAUGGGCCCCUGGGCCUGGAUGUGUCAAGGGCCCCCCCCCUCACCGCCAAAAAACAAACAAACAUUUCUCUUGGCAAAACAAUUUCUUUUUUUUGUCAGGAAUAAUAUUGAUAUUGUUGUUUAAAAACGCAAAGUGCUUGAGUAAUCAACAAAAUAAACAACGUUUAUAUUACAAAAAUAUUUGAUAGUUGUAACCAUAGACUAGAGUGUACGUUUGUAGCCCACACAACCCUCUCUCUUUCUUGAAAAAUUACCAUCAUAGGCUUAACAAUAUUGUAUCUUCAAUAAAUAGUGUGUUGGGGGUGCUUACACAGCUCUAAUGCCAUUGUUUUGCACUUGCUUUUUGGAUUUCUCCCUACAAAGUUGAAGGGCCCAUAUUGCAUGGAGUACUCAGCCCCUCUGAAGUCCUAUAGAUAAACUGAGGGGAUAAACACUCACUUGAAAGGUAUCAUAAAGGUUUCUUGUGACAACUUCAAAGUGAAUGUUUAGGCUAUUUUUUGUUUUAAUCAGUAGGACUUUUGGGGCACUGUUAAAGACAUUAAUGACUUAAGCCUAGCAUAUACCGGCUACGGCGCAUAUCAUCACCCUAGUACAUCAAGUUAAUACCAGUGACGAUACGCAGAGGCUCUGGGUUAUGGGCCCCCUGGGCUCAUGGGCCUGGGCCCGGUAGGACCGUUGGUUAAUCCAUCCCUGUCCGGCUGGUCCUCCAGCUGUUCCCAUCAGCACCACUUGUGUGUCCCUGUGUAUUUAUAAUGCUGCCUUUCACUUCAACCGUCCAUCUAUCUAUCUUUCCACUGACUUAAGCUAGUAUCUACUCAUGUUUUUUUUAAAGUUGGGCCAAAGUGGUGUCAACCAAAGGUUAUGAUGCUCUAGCUGCAUAGAGCUUUUAAUAGUUCACUGUGGCUGCAGAAAAGUCCUCAUUCCUGUACUGAGUUACUGCAUAUUGCUUAGAGAGACACGUGCACAUGAAAUCGAUUUAAAUAUAUGUACACAAAAGCAUUGUAUUGUAACAUGUUUCAACAUCUAUGCAUAUCAAUAAACUUGAUGCUUUAAUGUCUAA